CCGCACCCUGUAUAGCCAAUGCGACGCUGGUGUCUGCGGAUGGGCGGCGCAGCCGGCAGGCUGGUUCCCGGGCGGCGGGCAACAGACGGAACGCAAGCCUCACUCCAACGCCGAGGCACUUGAGGAGAUUUUUGUUUGGGCAGGCGGCUGGGAAACGUGUGGGGGAAGAGAGCACUGGUUAAAAAAAAAUCCUCAUGGAUGCAGGAACACCCCACCUCUGAAUGAGAACAGCGUGCUCUUGCCUUUAACGCGCGAGUCUGUGCCCGACAGUUGCCAUCACAUUCAAAAGAAAGUCUGCAGGCAUGACUGGGGCAGACACAGCCGUAGAAGACGGGAAACGGGAAGUAGCAAAGGAAUCAUCCACUACUGAAGACAAAGGAAGUGACCUCGCAGCUGCUAAUUUGAGUGUCACAGAGGCGCCACUGGAAACUUGUGAGAUGUUUGCAGAUGGUGAAACCAAUGGUUCUUGUGGAGAGAGUGAAGAAACAUCUUCAACAAUGAAUCAUCAAAAGUCAAUUAAAAACACUCAGGACACUGUGAAAACAGCAUUGCAGGAUUUAAAUGAACUGAAACAGAUAAAUGAAAAUGGGAUAUUAGGAGAAGACAACAAGACAGUUAAAGCAAGUAAUCAUAUGAAUUCAGAUGAUUUGACACUAGCAUCUGUGACCGGAAGUAAUGGAUUUGUGUUAAAUAGUAAACCCUUAUCGCAGGUACAGACUGGGACACCUCCCUUAAUUGGACAUGCUGCCAAAACAUUUCCUUCAUCUCCCAGCAAGGCUGGGGGAAUUAACAAAGUAAAAAACUUGAGUACAGCGUUAGCUGCUGAAGUUCUGCAAAAUCAAGCCAUGAAACCGCUUACUCUGGCAUCAGCCAAAUCAGGAGAAGAAAACCUCGAAGAAAACACAUCUCAGGCUAAAAAACUCUCACAAGGCCUCAAUAUUGAGGUCAAGGUUCAUAGAGCAAGGAAGACUCUGCCUAAAUUCAACUCAAAUCAGCCACCAAACAAAGACCCAAAGGAAGAAGGUGUAAAUAGUCUAGAGUGUGGGAAAAAACCACCACCUCCUUCAUCAUCAUCAUCACCAUCACCACAACCAACAUCACCACAGAAAUUGAUACUACCUCAGAAUCAGAACAAUACAGCCACUAGUAAACCACAGUCAGUGGCUAGGAAGAAGAAAAGAAAAAUGGGAACUUAUAGCCUGGCUCCUAAGAAGAAGACCAAACUGCUAAAACAGCGCACCGUACUUGAAAUGUUUCAGAACAUGUCACAGUCUGCAUCUGACAUGCAGGAACAGAAUGACUCAUCCAAUGGUGUCAGUCAGAACAUAAAUGGGGAAAGUAUUGACACAUCUCAAGGUAUGGAAUCUGAGGAAGAUGAGGAGGAGGAUGAUGAGGAGGAGGAGGAGGAGGAAAAGUACAGUAUUGCAGACCAACCGGAUUCGGAGUUAUCCAUGGACUUUGGAGGGCUUGACCACAUUCGCAAAAUGGAAAUUUCUAAGAAAGCUAACUACCAGCAGGAAGAAUAUGAUCCUGAAGAGGAUCAAGAUUCUGAUGAUUUGGAGGAUGAUGAUGAUGACGACUUUGAAUCUGAUGUGAGUUCAGAAUCUAGUCUGAAAAGGAAAUGGAAGAAAAAAGGGAAGAAUGACAGCCCGUGGAUUAAACCUACCAGGAAACGAAGGCGGAAAAAUCGACCAAAAACAAGCAAUAAUACAGGUGCUGACACAGAGACCCAGACUUUGACAGAUAAUAAUGAGUAUACUGAGGUGCCCCUUGACUCAUUGGAUCUGCCAGCAGGUGGUCUGUUUUCAUCACAAUCUACAGGUAUUUCCCAAAGCUCCGACUCAGUGGAAUUAGAUAAGCUGCAGGAGUUGCCUCUUUGUAGCUGUCGGAUGGAAACACCAAAAAGCCGAGAGAUAGUUAAACUGGCUAACAAUAAGUGUAUGGCCACUGAGAACAUAGAUGAAGAGUUAAGUAGCUGCAUUAACACAGUAAUCAAGCAAGAGUUGAUGCGACCUUCCAAUAAGGUGCAACUAAUGGUGUUAUGUGAGGACCAUAGAUCCCGGAUGGUUAAACAUCAGUGUUGCCCAGGAUGUGGAUAUUUUUGCACUGCUGGAACGUUCAUGGAAUGCCAGCCUGAUAGUACCAUUUCCCACCGUUUUCACAAGAACUGUGCAUCGCACAUGAAUGGGUUAUCUUUCUGCCCACAUUGUGGUGAAGAUACUGCUCAAGCAAAGGAAGUUACAAUAGCAAAAGCAGACACUACCUCUAUGGUACCUCUUCCAACACAGGAGAAGAUUGUUGCUGUGAAUGGAAAAGCAGACACUACAACAGCAAGCAGUGCUCGGAUAAGAAUGUCAAUGGAAAGUAAGGCUGAAAGUGCCAUGUCCAAGGUGGCUGAUAGUUCAGACAUAUAUGGCCCCUCCACUACUUUGAAAUCUGGAGCAAUCUUACCAGUUACAGGUCUGCCAACUGGGCCUGGGAAAGAGACAAUGGAAAGUAUUCUUAUUGCUCUUGAUACAGAGAGACCCAAGAAGUUGCGGUUUCAUCCAAAGCAAUUAUAUAUCUCUGCAAAGCAGGGGGAGAUGCAGAAAGUUCUUCUAAUGCUGGUUGAUGGGAUCGAUCCCAACUUUAGAGCUGAGCACCAGAAUAAGCGGACACCUCUCCAUGCAGCUGCUGAGAUAGGCCAUGUGGAAAUCUGUCAUAUGCUUGUACAGGCUGGUGCUAACCUAGAUACUUGUGAUGAUGAUCAGAGAACACCACUGAUGGAAGCAGCAGAGAACAACCAGCUUGAAACAGUAAAAUACCUCUUGAAGGCUGGUGCACUGGGAGAUCACAAGGAUGUUGAAGGUUCAACUUGCCUUCAUCUGGCAGCUAAGAAGGGACAUUAUGAUGUGGUUGUACAUCUUCUGUCCACAGGAUUAAUAGACGUAAACUGUCAGGAUGAUGGUGGUUGGACAUCCAUGAUUUGGGCCACAGAGUAUAAGCACAUAGAUAUUGUAAAGCUGCUGCUGUCAAAAGGAGCUGAUAUCAACAUUAGGGACAAUGAAGAGAAUAUUUGUUUGCACUGGGCAGCUUUCUCAGGGUGUGUGGAUAUUGCUGAGAUAUUCUUGAAUGCAAGGUGUGAUCUAACUGCAGUGAAUAUGCAUGGUGACUCCCCUCUACAUAUCGCAUCAAGGGAAAAUCAUUAUGAAUGUGUUGUGCUUUUCCUUUCACGUAGCGCUGAUGUUAACAUUAAGAAUAAGGAAGGUGAGACUCCACUUGAAUGUUCAAGCCUGAAUUCGCAAGUCUGGGUUGCACUACAGGUGAACAAAAAACUGAAGCAAGCAUCGGCUAAUAAGAUUACCCAGGCUGAGAGGCUAGUUAGUAGAGAUAUUGGUAGAGGAUAUGAACAUGUACCGAUCCCAUGCGUCAAUGGAGUGGAUGAUGAACCAUGUCCAAAUGACUAUAAAUAUGUCUCCCAAAAUUGUGUAACUUCUCCAAUGAACAUUGACAGGAACAUCACACAUCUGCAGUACUGUUUCUGUGACGAUGACUGCUCUUCCAAUGCCUGCAUGUGUGGCCAACUAAGUAUACGUUGCUGGUAUAGCCAGGAUGGGCGUCUUCUCCCAGAAUUCAACAUGCUGGAACCACCACUCAUCUUCGAGUGUAACCAUGCCUGUGGAUGUUGGAGGACGUGUAAAAAUCGCGUGGUACAAAAUGGAAUCAGGGUUCGACUACAGACGUAUCGUACACACAAGAUGGGCUGGGGCGUUCGGUCACUGCAGGACAUUCCCAAGGGUCAUUUUAUCUGCGAGUAUGUGGGGGAACUUAUAACAGAUGCAGAAGCAGACGUACGAGAAGAUGACUCUUAUCUUUUUGACCUCGAUAAUAAGGAAGGGGAGGUAUACUGCAUUGAUGCUCGAUACUAUGGAAACGUCAGCCGCUUUGUCAACCAUCUGUGUGAACCAAACCUCAUUCCUGUACGAGUGUUCAUGUCACACCAGGAUCUUCGUUUCCCAAGAAUUGCAUUCUUCAGCAGUAGAGAUAUAAAGUCUGGAGAGGAACUAGGUUUUGACUAUGGUGACAGGUUCUGGGACAUCAAGAGUAAAUAUUUUACCUGUCAGUGUGGUUCAGAGAAGUGCAAGCAUUCAGCUGCUGCCAUUGCUCAGCGACAAGCCACAGUAUCUCAAAUGGAAGCACAACAAAACGGACUCCCAGACACCAGUUCAAGCACAUCUGCCAAUGUUUCUUGACAUGCUAGUUACCUGGACCACAUUAAGCGGUAUUGAAUGGAACGGCUCCACUUGUGUGAAAGACUUCUUGAAGCACCAGCUCAGCUGUACUGACAAAUUCUUCCUACAAAUUGUCUGUCUAGUUAUUGAUGAUAGGACAUUUAAUAAAUUGAACUUUUGUUAUAGUGAGGGCCAACAGUUAUGGUGCUGAUUGUGUGAUUUUACUCCAAAGUAAAAGUCACCUCAAGAUUGUAUAAAGGAACAACCUGUUUUUAACAUGAAUUCAAGUAAAACUUUUUUUACAUGUAGUAUUAUCAGUAAUAGUAAAAGUAGUAAUAGUUUGUCUUUACGAAUUUGCCAUCUGCUGUUGAUGCAUGAUGGUUGGACGUUAAAAACGCCAUUUUGCAUAAGAUUUUUAAAGGUUCCUUAGUGCAGGUCAGGUUUUUUUGUGCAAGUCCUUCAAGAACUUUACAGAAACAUUACUGUUAGCAUUCAUUAUAAUUUUCACCGGUUUUAAGGGCAUUUAUGCUUGAUCCAUUAGUGUUCUGAAUUUGUAUGCAAAUCUUGCUCAAAUGUUAUAAAUAAAAGCAGUUCAUAAUAGA